AUGGAUUGCCAAGUUCGCUUUGCCCAUCGGCAAAUGUUGGGAAGAGCCUCGUCCAGGUUAUUCGAAGCUCGGAGCCCGUUAUUACCGAUGGAAGGUGGUGUUCGCACAUCCGGCGCCAAGAAGAAAAAAAGCCUUGACGGCGACGCUCUCGGGCGUUUCGAUUUCAAGGGAGGUGAUGCAGUGUGGCUUAGCACCUUCCAAAUCAUGGCUUACGCAGUGGCAGCGCGUGCCUGUAAAGUGGAAACUGCAGGGUGCUGCGUGAGCGGGAGCGCCCGGCGGUUCGCUUCUCAGACCGUGUCCACUCAUGGUGAGAUCGACUAA